GACGAUUAGCGCCUGCCUUUGCUCUGACGUCAACGAGAGUGUCUGCGCUAGGUGAGUCUCGCGCACACUGCCUUCCCUUCCCCUCCUCUCUCCGUCGGUUAUUGUGAAGAGAUUGAACGAUGAGAUCGCUCGCGCUCGCUGUCAUCAGUGCCGCCCUAUAGAGACCCCCAGCCCCGAGGCUCGAACACAACGACCCCACCCCCGCUCCAAGAGGGACGGAGAAAAAACCCUGUUCUGACCCGACUUUAUUUGCCCUCAAUCCGGGCCUCAUGCUGUAGCAGACUGAACGAGCGAGAGAGAGAGACAAACACACAUAUUGAGUCGGCGAGGGACAGGGCGGAAUAGAGGAGAAGGGAUUGUUCAUUCGGCUCUAGACAUGGGAUGUACACUCAGCGCUGAGGAGCGCGCUGCUCUGGACAGGAGCAAAGCCAUCGAAAAAAACCUGAAGGAUGAUGGAGUCACUGCCGCAAAGGAAGUGAAACUGCUACUGCUUGGGGGAGGAGAAUCGGGCAAAAGCACCAUCGUCAAACAAAUGAAGAUUAUCCAUGAGGAUGGCUUUUCUGGGGAUGAUGUGAAGCAGUAUAAGCCUGUGGUCUACAGCAACACCAUCCAGAGUUUGGCUGCCGUCCUCCGAGCUAUGGACUCUCUGGGCAUCGAGUACGCAGACAAGGACAGAAAGGCGGAUGCUAAGCUGGUGUGUGAUGUGGUCACUCGUAUGGAGGACACAGAGCCCUACUCAGCAGAGCUGCUGACAGCUAUGAAGCGUCUGUGGGCCGAUGCCGGGACCCAGGAGUGUUUCAACAGGGCCAGGGAGUACCAGCUCAAUGACUCCGCUGCCUACUACCUGGACAGUUUAGACCGUAUUGGUGCUGCUGACUACCAGCCCACCGAGCAGGACAUCCUGAGAACCCGAGUCAAGACCACUGGGAUCGUGGAGACCCAUUUCACCUUCAAAAACCUGCACUUUAGGCUGUUUGAUGUUGGAGGUCAGAGGUCAGAGAGAAAGAAGUGGAUCCACUGCUUUGAGGAUGUGACGGCCAUUAUCUUCUGUGUGGCGUUAAGUGGCUAUGAUCAGGUUCUGCAUGAGGACGAAACAACUAAUCGCAUGCACGAGUCCCUCAUGCUCUUCGACUCUAUCUGUAACAACAAGUUCUUCAUCGACACCUCCAUCAUCCUCUUCCUCAACAAGAAGGAUCUGUUCGAGGAGAAGAUUAAGAAGUCACCACUGAGUAUCUGUUUCCCUGAAUAUACAGGUGCUAACACUUAUGAUGAUGCUACCGCAUACAUUCAGGUGCAAUUUGAGAGUAAGAGCCGUUCGCCCAACAAGGAGAUCUACUGUCACCUGACCUGUGCCACUGACACAGGAAACAUCCAGGUAGUGUUUGACGCAGUCACUGACAUCAUCAUCGCCAACAACCUGAGGGGGUGUGGCUUAUACUGAGGCCUAGCCCUGCACAGAGGUUGCAUUGGAGGGUGUGAGGUGGUUAAUAAUAAUAAUAAUUUUGAUGAUAUUAAAAGGCAUAAUUAUGUAAAUCUACACGUCCAAAGGGACCCAAAGAGCUGCCGCCAGACACCACGACGGAUUCUUUGCCAUGUUCUGUUCCUCUAUUCCUUUUUUUAAUUUCAGAAUCCCACCACCCCUCUUUUGUUUAUUUGUUAUCAACAUGUGUUUCCUAUUGAAUGUCUUUCAUGUUUUGUUGAUUGUGUGAACAAUUGUAAGAUGUAAAUCAGAAAAGGGGAGGUCCAAGGGGUAUAUUCUGUUUUCGUGCCAUGUUUCGCAACAAAUUAGAUAGAAAUGUUAUGCAUAGAGAGGAGAAGGUCCUCUUUUCCUUGUGAUAGAGAUUUGUGUCAGUUCUAUACAUUACAUCUCUAUCUGCAACAUCCAGAACAUUGAGCCACGAUGAAUGUACCCCUUGGUGCUCCGUUUGCAGAGGUGAUGUUGUGCUCUAGGUGAUGAUGUAAUAGAGGAGGUACUGGUGGCUGGGGCGCGUAGUGGGGGUUCUGUACAGCGUUGGAUAGAACCCCCCUCUCUGUUGGACUCACACUGGGCUGCUCUACAUGAGCUCCUUCUGCUCUGUUUUAUUCCUCUCUCUUUUAAACAUCCAGAGGGGGGGGGGGGGGGGGGUUCUGUUUGUGUGGCAGGCUCUGCCAUUGGCCUCCUGCAGUGUGAUGAAAUGCCUGUCAGCCAAUGAUAUAUCUGUGUCGGGAAAGUGUGAUAUCAGUGCCAACCUUCUGAGCAUGACAGAUAGGGGAAUAGAAUUAGAGAUCAUUGAUCACUUUCACACUAUCUUUACAAUAUAAUGCAAUUGAAGGGACACAAACGCUUUAUUAUCAUCAAAUUAUCUAUGGAUUUUAUUUCAACCUCAUGCCCUCCUACCUCCUAGAAUCCCGUGCCACAUAUUUAUUUCCUGUCCUGUCAGACCGGUGGAACACCACUUCCUGUCUCAGUCUCAGAGGGUCUAGAGCUGCUCUGAUGGACCGUCUCAAAUGUCACCUCCCAUGUAGUGUACUACUUCUUCAAAAGUAGUACAUAAUAUGGGGAAUAGGUUAUCAUUUUAGACUUGCACACUCAAGUCCACUGGUCAGUGAUGUAUCAUAUGGUUGUCUCCUGGUCUCCUUUCACUUAUCACUUAUCACUGAGAUGAAAGGACUGGACAGGUUUCCACUGUGUUGUUUUCACUCACUAGUCCUUACAGAUUUGUAGUUUUAGGAGAGGACAGCCACAGACCACUGACCAGUCUCUCUGCUUGUUCAAAAGGGUCUUCCUAGGUGCUCUUUAUGUAAUAAAACAUGAAUAUGUGAAUGCUGAAUUAUUUGGAAGUUGAGGUAAUUUGUAGAUUAGAUAAGCCACACAGUGCUUAGCUCAGGAUGACCCUUGUGAGCAAGCAUGCUGAAUUCCAAAUCCAUCCAUACUACCCCCUCUAGGAAUUCCUGUAGAUUUGAAAGGAUUUGAUUGGUUUAACCUUUUCAUGUCCAUAACAGAAAUGUAUAAUAUUCUACAGUACACAUAUUCUCUGAGUUUACUGAUGGACAAAUCGGCCAAAGCGUUUAAACAAUACCUAAAGAAAUCCACACACACCCCUAGAGUGCAUGCAGUAUAAGCCCAUCAAAUGCAAGUCAAUAGAGACUGGAGAGUGAGUGAUUUUACAGUAUUGUCCCUCUUUCUCAGAUCUUAAACAUGUUCACAUCUUAAUCAUUUUUGCUAUAUAGAUUGUCUGGACCAAUAUAUAAAUAUAAAAACAAUAUCUAAAGAAUUCCACACCCUCUCUAUCGCACAAGCAAUUUCAUUUUAUGAGAUUUUUUAUCUGAUUCUCAGAACAUGUUCAAAUUUUAAUAAUUGUUUCGACCAAUAUAAUAUAAAAGCAAUAUCUAAAGAAAUCCACAUACACUCCUAGAGUAUAUUAUACAGCAUAAGCAAAUCCAAUGUAAGUCAAUGGCGAGUGAGUCCUGCUACAGCAUUCUCCCUCUUUCUCUCUCUCUUUCUCUCCCUCUCUCACAAGCACAUGCGUGUGUAGACACACCACAGACAUCAAUGCACACCAGUUGUAAAAUGUUUCUCUCUGCAGUCUCCAUUGGAUUUGGAAAUACUGCAAGUACUCUAGAGGUGUAUGUGUGAGAGAGGGAGGGGAUUUCUUUCAAUAUUGUUUUCAUAUUUAUAUUGAUCUGGACAAUCUAUAUACCAAAAGUGAUUUAAGAUCUGAUCAUUUGAACAUGUAUUCACAUGACAUGAUUUGUGUAAUGUGUAAAAUACAGUAACCCCAUGUGUCCAAAGACUAAAUAUAGUACGACACAGAAACGACUGUAGUUGACAAACAACAACGAGUUGAAUCAUCUAUUUGGCAUAUUUGGGCUUUAACAGGUCACAGAACAACACUUUAUGCUUUUAAACUAUAUCAUUCUGAAUUGUAUUUCAAAAUACAUAUGCUGAAGUCAUUUGAAUGAUUUUUAUUGUCUCAAAAUCCCAUGUUUGGAGGUAUGAUAGAUAAUGCCAAUCUUAAAACGUCAAUUCGGCAUGUCUAGACACUUGUACUAUGUUAUCACCAAAUGUAAUGCAUUUACACCAAAGAGAAUUUGUUCAGUGCCACAUUUGUUAAUAUGGACAUGAAUGGGUUAGGUAAUAUGGUAAUUGCGUCACCUUCUCUUCUGAUAGAGUGGGUGGUAUUUUUGCCACAUUGCUUGUAUAUAUAUAUAUAAACACACACACACAGUCGAUUUUAGAUCUACAGACAUGUCCAAGCGGCAGGGGCUGGGGUAGAGUUGGAAUUCAGCAGCAGUCUCUCAGUGGGGAGUUUGGGUUAACCCUAACCCCUACCCCCUGACCUCUUAACCCUGAGCAGGCCACAGUCAAACCCCGGCUGUCACGUUCUCUAUUUUCACAGAGGAAAAGUACUGCUCUCCACUCAUUCACCUGUGCACCUGAAGAUGCAUCCAAUCCCUCUAUACUCCCUCUAUCACGUGUCGUUCCUCAUUUCUCUCAAUCCCCCUUUCCAUUUUCACCUUAAACACCGUACUGUAUAUAUAUGAUUAUACCAGAUUUCUUUUUUUUUACUGUGAAUGCUUUUGUUCUGCACCCCUUCCUCCUCCGUAGAUUAUUGGUUGCUCUCUCAUGUGGAAUGUUUGUGCUGAGCCAAUCGAAUGUUGUGUUUACAUUAAAGCCACACUUUUCCUAACUAUU